CUCAUCCUUGCCAGCGGCUCACUGUUGCGCUCGUUUUUAUAAUGAAAAAGAAAAUUAUUCCUGCCUUGAAUGAUGGCGGACCCAGAAAUGGUGGAGGUUCAGGUGGAGCCUAACCUCAGAAGUCCUGACAUCGUCACCAUGGGGGAAAAUGACCCGCCGGCAGCUGAAACCCCUUUCUCCUUCCGAUCGCUUUUUGGUCUGGAUGAUCUGAAAAUAAGUCCCAUGGCUCCAGAUGCAGAUGCGGUGGCCGCUCAGAUCCUGUCCCUGCUGCCCUUGAAGUUUUUUCCAAUCAUCGUUGUGGGGAUCAUUGCCUUGAUACUGGCCCUGGCCAUCGGCCUGGGCAUCUACUUCGACUGCUCUGGGAGGUACAGGUGCCGUUCAUCGUUUAAGUGCAUCGAGCUGACGGCCCGCUGUGACGGGGUCUCUGACUGCAAGGACGGAGAGGAUGAGUACCGGUGUGUGAGGGUGAGUGGCAAGAGCGCAGCACUUCAGGUGUUUACAGCGGCCGCGUGGAGGACCGUGUGUUUUGACGACUGGAAAGGCCACUACGCAAAUGUCGCCUGUGCCCAGCUGGGGUUUCCCAGCUACGUGAGUUCAGAUCAGCUCCUAGUGGACGCGCUUGAGGAGCCGUUCCAGGGCAACUUUGUGUCCAUCAAUCACCUUUUGCCAGAUGACAAGGUGACCGCAUUACACCACUCGGUGUACUUGAGGGAGGGCUGUGCCUCAGGCCACGUGGUCACCCUAAAGUGCACAGCCUGUGGCCUGAGAACGGGCUACAGCCCUCGCGUCGUGGGUGGAAACGUGUCCGCGCUCGCUCAGUGGCCCUGGCAGGUCAGCCUUCAGUUCCAGGGGUACCACCUGUGUGGGGGCUCCAUCAUCACCCCACUGUGGAUCGUUACUGCUGCACACUGUGUUUAUGACCUAUACCUCCCCAAGUCCUGGACUGUCCAAGUGGGUCUAGUGUCCCUGAUAGACAGUCCAGCACCUUCCCACUUGGUGGAAAGAAUCAUCUAUCACAGCAAGUACAAACCAAAGCGGCUGGGCAGCGACAUCGCCCUCAUGAAGCUGGCCGGGCCGCUCACCUUCGACGAGAUGAUCCAGCCCGUCUGUCUGCCUAAUUCUGAAGAGAUCUUCCCUGAUGGAAAAGUGUGCUGGACAUCAGGAUGGGGGGCCACAGAGGACGGAGGUGACGCAUCCCCCGUCCUGAACCACGCUGCCGUCCCUUUAAUUUCGAACAAGAUCUGUAACCACAGAGACGUCUACGGUGGCAUCAUCUCCCCGUCCAUGGUCUGUGCUGGCUAUCUGAAGGGUGGCGUGGACAGCUGCCAGGGAGACAGCGGGGGUCCCCUGGUGUGUCAGGAGAGGAGGCUGUGGAAGUUGGUGGGUGCGACGAGCUUUGGCAUUGGCUGUGCCGACGUGAACAAGCCCGGCGUCUAUACCCGCAUCACCUCCUUCCUGGACUGGAUUCACGAGCAGAUGGAGAGAGACUUGAAGACUUGAAGGCUAAGGAACAAAUCGCCACCUGAGCUCCUGAGUGUAGACACAGCCCAAGCCUUCCUUGGACUCCAUGUGGGUUUGGUGACACCACAG